CUACAACCUACCCCUUCGUUAUGCUCGACAAAAGGAAGAGAAGCCGCCUCUUUUUCCCCUAAUUCCACGACUCCUUCCUUACGAAUCACCACCGUCUGGGAAUGGCUGCUGGAUUCCGAUCACCAUCGCCGCCUCUGCCGCAGCUUCUUCUCUCUCUUAUCGUCCCCAUCCUUAAUUGCCUUCUCAUGCUCUUGCCCGUCGCCUCUCACGGCGACUACUCCUGCCCAAACUCGACGUCGGUACCCUGCGGCAGCGUCAGCAUCUCCUACCCGUUCUGGCUGUCGUCUGAUGAGCCAAACCAGUUCUCUCCCCACGUCUGCGGCCACCAAAGCUUCAUGUUGACCAACCACAGAAACAUCCCAAUGCUGCGCCUCGGUGACGACAACCUAUACAGGGUCUUAGACAUCAACUACUAUUAUAAAGUCGUUUCCCUCGCCGACGGCGAUAUCCAGCGGACUUGCCCCCAAAUCAGCCAAAAUGUCACCUUGCCUUCCAGCAUAACUUUAUCCAACGCUGACACCGAAACCAAACUCACCCUCUUCUUCAACUGCAGUAGACGGCCAAAUUCCGUGAUCCCCUGCCUUCAAUUUGAUGAGUCCGGAAGGGAAUUUAAUUAUAGUUAUGUUGAUCAAGGAAAACUGAACGAAUACGACUGCCACAGUGAGGCAAUUUCGUCGUUCCUGGAACCCUAUGUGGGGAAUGAGCUUGCUGAAAAAUAUGAACAAAUAUUGCUUGAGGAGUUCGAGCUUCCUUUGAUGAGGGGCCCCAACGAAAAUUGUUCUUACUGCGAGAGCUCAGAUGGCCAUUGUCGGUAUCAUAUCUACGAUGCUUUUCUCGCUCCCACCUGUUUCUGGUCGGGCGGAAAGAUUGAAGUGCCCCCACGUGCUUUGGCAGCAGUUGGGCUGCUCUGUGCUAGCAUUCUCUUCUGCAGGUACAAGAAGAAACGAAACUAUUUAGCAGCCUCGAAAACCUUCACUAGUAGUGCCUCUUCAGGGCCAUCAUCCAUGGACCCUGAAAAAUAUAGUGUCCAUUUCCAGACCAACCUCUUCUCAUAUGAUGAGCUACAGGAGGCCACCAAUGGCUUUGAAAAAGAACUGGGAGAUGGAGGUUUUGGCGCAGUUUAUAAAGGAAAGCUUCGAGAUGGCCGUGUCGUUGCUGUCAAACGUCUAUAUGAGAACAACUGCAGACGGCUUGAGCAGUUCAUGAAUGAGAUUGAAAUCCUUUCUCAUGUUCGUCAUCAGAACCUUGUUGACCUAUAUGGCUGGACCUCGCGCGAUAGUAAGGAGCUCCUGUUGGUUUAUGAGUUUGUGCCAAAUGGCACAGUGGCCGACCACCUCCAUGGAUCUAGGGCUAGGGAGGGAAUACUAACAUGGCCAAUGCGCCUAAAGAUUGCCAUUGAGGCAGCAGAAGCCCUUGCCUACCUUCAUGCAAUUGAUCCCCCAAUCAUUCAUCGAGAUAUCAAAACUAGCAACAUUUUGCUUGACAGCAGCUUCCAUGUAAAAGUUGCAGAUUUUGGACUUUCACGUUGGUUCCCCACCAAUGCCACACAUGUCUCUACCGUGCCACAGGGAACCCCAGGAUACUUGGACCCUGAGUACCAUCAGUGUUACCAACUCACACACAAGAGUGAUGUGUAUAGCUUUGGAGUUGUACUUAUAGAACUCUUAUCCUCCAAACCUGCUGUGGAUUUUAACCGGCAUCGAAAAGAGAUCAACUUGGCUAACAUGGCACUAAAUAGGAUCCAAAAUGGUGAACUAGACCAGUUGGUGGACGAACACCUAGAAUAUCAAUCGAAUCAAGCUGCAACGAAGAUGGUCACAAUGGUAGCUGAAGUGGCAUUCAGAUGUCUGCAAGUUGACGGGUACAUGAGGCCACCCAUGAAGGAGGUCCUUGAGGCAUUGGUAGCCAUACAGAGCAAGGGGAACAAUGUAUCAAACGGAGGAAAGGAAACCGGUGACAGUGAAGACGAUGCAGGACUGCUGGAGAAUAUUGCACCAAUGUCGCCAGAUACGGUAAUGAACCAGUGGGUCAGUUCGACCACUACACCAAACACUAGCACGAACUAGAUCCCAUAAUGUUUCUUCUAUAUUUUCCCAGGAGAAAACAGACUAAAACACAUUUCUUGUACUUGUGCAGCGAUGUUUUGGAUUUGAUUAAAAGAAUGUAAAUGGUUAAAAGAGGUUAUCUGAAUUCUAUGCAUUGGCAUAUCCUUGUUGCAGAAUUUGAUAUCAUUGGUAAUAUUUGGUUUGCUGAAA